UGCAAUGUCUCUGUUAAUUCACAUGUUCUCCCUGUUCAUUGUCUUAAUCGGUUUUCCCGCUCUUUUUUGCUCUGCAAGGGAUACUAUUACAUUCAACGACCCACUUAGAGAUCAGGAGGCAGAGACUCUUGUUUCAGGGAAAUAUGAACUCGGAUUCUUUACUCCUAAUGGGCGUUCAGAUAACAAGAGGUACUUGGGCAUAUGGUACUACAAAUCGAGACCAAGAACUGUUGUGUGGGUUGCCAAUCGCGAUGAACCACUUGAAGAUUCCACCGGCGUUUUUGCUCUUUCAAAGGAUGGAAACUUAAGAGUGUUAGAUAUGCAGAACAAAUCUUACUGGUCAACCCCAUUGACCGGACGACCAUUUGUGAAUUCCUUUCCUUAUAGGACGACUGUGAGGCUCAUGGAUACUGGAAAUUUGGUACUACGCGAAGAAGACCCAAAAAAUAAUGUUUCAGUAAUUACCCAUUGGAAAAGUUUUGAUUACCCAUCUGAUACAUUUCUUCCUGGUAUGAAGAUGAAUGAAGACUUGGUCUUAUCUUCAUGGGUAAGUAAUGAUGAUCCUGGUCACGGAGACUUCACGUUCCAGAAAGAUGAAGGAGAAAGCCAAUAUAACAUCCGGAAAAAAACAGUUAGAUACUGGCAAAACAAAGUCUCAGGUUCUUUCAUCGACUCCUCCGAUGACGAGGCUAAUCUUACAAUUUUAUUAUCUCCGCAGGAUUAUGAUUGGAGGCUGGUUAUGAAUUUCACAGGGCAAAUACAGAUUUACAUGGGGGAUGAUUUGCACUGGUGGGCACCUAGGAGUCCCUGCAGUGUAUACAAUCUUUGUGGGAACUUUGGCAGCUGCAAUGAUGGGACUCAGUCAUUGUGCAAGUGUUUACCAGGAUUUGAGCCCAAGUCAUUACAUAAAUGGAAUUCGAGGGACUUUUGGGAGGGAUGCACCAGAAAGUCAUCUGGACACACUAAGAAUGAUGUGUUUCUGAGUUUGAAGAAGAUGAAAGUAAGCAAACCAGAUGAGCAUUUCAGGACAAACAAUGAAACUGAUUGCAAAAUGGCUUGUCUGGAGAAUGAAAACUGCCACGGUUAUUCAUAUGAAUUUCGAGAUACUGGUAGGUGUAACUGCUGGAUCUGGUCUGAGGAGCUCAAAAAUCUUUGGGAGAAUUAUACCAGCGGUGGCCGCGACAUUCAAGUUCGUGUUGCAGUUUCUGAUAUAGAAUCGACGAGGAGAAGUUGUGAAACUUGUGGUACUAACAUUAUCCCCUAUCCUCUGAGCACUGAACCCAGUUGUGGAGAUAUCAGGUACUGGAGCUUCAACUGUAGCAAUGAUACCGGCCAGCUCAGCUUUCAAACGUAUACUGGUUUCUACAGUGUCGCCAACAUCAAACCAGAAAAUCGUACAUUUUCUGUUCUGGUCCAAAACUGCACAGAUGUUGAGUCGGCGAACAGACUUCUCCAGCUCAACCAUUCCUCAAUGUUUUAUGUCAGCAGAGGGUGUAACGAUGUCUGGAAUCAGCCUAAACUUGAUGGUUUUCUGGAAGAUAAUGACUUUAAGGAGGUAGAAAUAGCUUGGAUGCUGCCACCAGAGCCAAUCUGCUAUGCAUCAAAAGACUGCAUCGAUUGGCCUCAUUCUAGCUGCAGAGCAUCUGGAAAUGGGAAAAAAUGCCAAUGCCAAUGCAAUGAAUUCUUUCAUUGGGAACCUUCACUUCUCAACUGCACUGCUGAAACAGAUGAAUACAAGAAACUUAAAGGGCACGCAACCAAAGAGAAGCUGCUGUUUUUGAUACCGGUGGGGAUUACUGCAACAGCACUCAUAAUCUCAGGUGUUGUUUUCUCUUUAUACUUUCUGAGGCGGAGAAGGAUCGAACAUUUACGAGAAUCCAGGAGAAGAAUACAGGGAAAUCAGGCAUUUCGGUUGUAUGACAGUGUGAAACGUGUUAAAGACCUAAUACUCUCUGAAGAAUUUCUAGAAGAAGAUAGGAAAGACAUAGAUGUGCCUUUUUUUAACUUGGAAAGCAUACUUGCUGCUACAGGUGAUUUCUCAGAUGCAAACAUGCUUGGACAAGGGGGCUUUGGACCUGUUUACAAGGGAACAUUCCCGGGAGGACAAGAAAUUGCAAUAAAGAGGCUCUCCAGUGGUUCUGGACAGGGGCUGGAGGAAUUCAAGAAUGAGGUUGUGUUGAUUGCCAAGCUACAGCAUCGCAAUCUUGUUAGACUUUUGGGCUAUUGCGUUGAAGGAAAUGAGAAAAUUUUGCUUUAUGAGUACAUGCCUAACAAGAGCUUAGACUCCUUCCUGUUUGAUCGAACCAUGUGCGUGUUAUUGAAUUGGGAAAUACGCGUGAGCAUCAUUAUGGGAAUCGCGCGAGGGCUGCUUUAUCUUCACCAAGAUUCUAGGUUGAGGAUCAUUCAUAGAGAUAUGAAAACAAGCAAUGUUCUUUUAGAUGAGGAGAUGAACCCCAAAAUAUCUGAUUUUGGCCUGGCAAGAAUUUUUGGAGGCAAACAAACUGAAACUUGCACAAAAAGAGUAGUGGGAACUUAUGGAUACAUGGCUCCAGAAUAUGCAUUAGACGGAUAUUUUUCGAUCAAGUCCGAUGUUUUCAGCUUUGGUGUGGUUGUGCUUGAGAUUGUAACUGGUAAAAGGAACACUGGAUUUUCUCAGUCAGGACAAACUCUCAGCCUUCUGGGUUAUGCAUGGCUGCUGUGGACAGAAGACAAAGCAUCAUGUUUGAUGGACCAGACACUGAGUGAAACUUGCGAUCAAAGUGAAUUUCUUAAGUGUGUAAAUGUCGGGCUGUUGUGCGUGCAGGAAGACCCUUGCGAUCGACCCACCAUGUCAGAUGUUCUUUUCAUGCUAGGAAAUGAAACAGCUCGUCUUCCAAAUCCUAAAAAACCAGCCUUUGCAGUAAGGAGAUCCCCUUCCGGCGCAGCUUCUUCUUCUGCAAAAAUGGAAUCCGUGAAUGGGUUAACAGCUAGUUUAUACCAAGGCCGAUGAUGGUGGAGAAGAAGAAGAUAAGUUUGGCCCAAUUCAUUUAAGGUAUUAUUCGCUGUGGGACAAAGGGCUGCACGGUUUUGUUUUUGUUAUGGUGUUGGAACAAUAUGAAUCACAGAUUUUUUUUUUAAUUUUUUCCUGUAUUUUCAAUGAUUUGUGUGUCCCUGUGAUAGAUGAUAUAAUUCGCUGUGGCCAUCCUAUUGUCCAUUUUCAAUGGACUGAUUUUUCUCCAAGUUUUUUUUUGUUAAUACGUAGGCGGGGAGUAUGGGAAUGAGAAACACAAACAAGA